CAUGGAAAAUUUUUUCCACAAAUUAAUUUACUACUCAAAUAUGUCCGACAAGUCUCCUCUGUACUGUUGAAGUCGUUAGAUAGAGAAAUCCGAAUUUGUGGUUCAUACUCAAAGAGUAACAACAUCUAGCUAAGGUUGCCAUGGCUUCCCACAAGAAGAUUGUUGAAGAGGUAUCAGGCUGGUUACGUGUUUUUGAUGAUGGCACAGUGGAUCGCACCUGGACGGGUCCACCAGAGGCGGAGUUCUUGAUGAAACCAGUUCCACCUCAUGAAGAAUUCAUUGAAGGGGUUGCGACUCGUGACGUGACCAUCAAUCCAAACACUGGGCUGGCUGUUCGGAUUUACAUUCCAGAGAAGAACACAGAUGGCCAGAUCAAUAAUAAGAAUAAGUUUCCUCUCGUACUUCAUUUUCAUGGUGGUGGCUUUUCCAUUAGCCAAGCUAAUUGGUACAUGUACUAUCACUUUUAUGCACGGCUUGUGCGCACAACUUGUGCUGUUUGUGUUUCUGUCUACCUUCCUCUAGCUCCUGAACAUAAGCUCCCAGCUGCAUGUGAUGAAGCUUAUGCUGCGUUCCUUUGGCUUUCUGCUGUGGCUCGUGGUGACUCAUCGGAAUCGUGGCUCGAGACUUGUUCUGAUUUCGGGCAAGUUUUUCUUAUUGGGGAUAGCACGGGUGGGAACCUCGUUCAUCACAUAGCGGCUCGAGCUGGAUCUAUUGAUAUCCAACCAAUGCAGUUAUUAGGUGGUAUAGCAUUACAUCCGGGCUUUCAACGAGCUGAGCCAAGUAAGUCAUUUUUAGAAAUGCCAGAAACACCCUUGCUAACUCGUGACAUGGUAAAUAAAUUCAUGUCCUUAGCAUUGCCUAUUGGUAGUACUAAGGACCACCCAAUAACGUGCCCAAUGGGCCCACUAGCACCGCCGCUCGCAACCCUCAAGCUACCGCCAAUGUUGGUGGUGGUGGCAGAGAACGACUUGCUUCGUGACUCGGAACUUGAGUACUGUGAGGCCAUGAAAGAGGCCAAAAAGGAUGUGGAGGUUUUGAUUAAUCAUGGUAUGGGACAUAGCUUCUAUUUUGAUAAGUUAGCCAUUGACAUGGACCGGAAGACGGCAACUCAAGUCGAUAAGCUAUUUGAGGAAAUUACAAAUUUUAUUAACAAGCAUUAAGGCUCAAGGUCGUUACUUAUGUGGGAUUAAGAUUGCGAACUUGUCAUUUCUGAUCUUUGCUUUUAUUAGAAUAAACAUAGCCUUUUGAGGAACCCUCUUAGUGGAAAUAGACCUCCUAAGUUUAAAGUGAGUGUUGGUAAGUGAUUGAUUCCUUAACUAGAGGGUACUGCAUUCGCUAUGAUGUUGCCAGCUUUUUAUUUUUGGUUUUGUAUGAAUAAUCAGGGCAUGCUAUUCAGUGUAAUUGUCUGCUAUUUAUUG